AAAACUGACAUUUGUUAUUUUGUAGUUUAUCGAUAAGAAUAGCGUUUCUCACUCUGGCUCAUCACUAUCAAGACAUAUAGGGGUCAGGCCUUCAAAUGAACGAAGGAGGGUCAUUUCGGUACAAAUCAUAGUUACCUUAAAUAUCCUUAUGAAAAACGUAAGCGAUGUAGUUGAGCGCGCACUUUGACACGAGUGGUUGCAACCCACUUUAGUGUUGUAUAUUAUCGAUAUAUUUUGUUUAUCCUAGACCCAGUUAAAAAAGAUAAUAUAAAUACAAUACAUUCGAGUGUCAUUAUCAGAUAUUAAGUGAUUGUCGAGAAAAUGUGUCGUCUAAUUGUGACCCUUUUAUUAUUUUUGUGUGCGAAGUUUGGACUUUGUUACGUUAAUCUUGCUGAUAUAGAAUGUGGGGUCCAAAGUGCUCGUCGGGGACGCAUCGUGGGGGGCACGGAGAGCCUGCCUGGAGAGAUCCCCUGGGCGGCCAGCGUGUGGAGGCAGGGUACACACCAGUGCGGAGCGACGGUCAUUAACGACAGGUGGCUGUUGACUGCCGGACACUGUAUUUGCAGUGUAUUCGAUGAGUUUUACAAGUCGAAACAACUGACAGUCGUCGCGGGAUACACCGACAUCUCGUACAACGAUGUUAAUCAGCCGCUAUCAAGAAUUAUUCCACACCCUGAAUACAGAUGUAAUAGAAAAUCCAACGACGUAGCUCUACUGAAAACGGCCAGACAAUUGAUUUGGAACAGCGAUCUCAGACCGGCGUGUCUGCCGCAAGCUUCGUCUUCCGACUUCAGUGGUACACCAGCUGUGGUAGCAGGAUGGGGAUUUACUAAUGAAGAUAGGGGUAUAGGAUCAAGACCUAAUGUUCUGCAGAAGACUGAUGUAUUCGUGGUAACCAACGAUGAAUGUAACAAUUGGUAUGAAUCACAGGGCAGUAAGAUUAAGAUCAUAUCGACUCAAAUGUGUGCGGGACAUGAACAAGGAGGAAGGGAUUCCUGCUGGGCUGACAGUGGCGGUCCCCUUAUGGUGCGAGGUAACAAAGGUCAUUCCAUGGUUGUAGGAGUGGUAUCAACAGGAAGUGGAUGUGCUCGAGCUAAGAUGCCUGGUAUUUAUACCAGAGUCUCCAGAUAUACGGAUUGGAUUGUAGACAAUGUUAACAAUGAUAAUUCAAGAUCUAUCUUCAGUUUAUUCUCUAGAAGAGGAUGAAUAAGGGAUGAAAUA